AAUGUUUCUUUCACUUGUAACAAUUCUUCAAUUAUUUUUUAUUUCUGCUAAAUUGGAUAAAAUGACAAAAAACAUCAAAAUAACUUCAGAAGACGAAAAAUUAAGAGAUCAAGAAGGGUAUUUGGCAAUAAAGGCAAUUCAUGGUGUUUUGGAUAAUGACCAGUCUGGGUCUAUUGAACGUUAUGAAUCGGCAGAUUUUUUAACAGAAGAUUUAAAAUUUGGCGAAUCUGAACGCGAAAAAAGAGAAAAAGCUUUUCAUGGGAAUGAUGAGUCAAUAACCGUUGAUGACCUUUGGGAUGCUUGGUUUCAAUCAGAUGUUAGAGAAUGGGACGAAAAACAAGUAAUCGAUUGGCUGGUAAAUGGUGUGAAAUUGCCUCAAUAUGUCAAUAAUUUUAUGAGGGAAGGAAUUACUGGAAUUGAUUUUCCAAGAUUGGCAGCUCAAAAUUCAUCAAUAUUUAAUUCUCUGGAUAUCAAAAAUUCUGUUCAUCGUCAAAAACUCCAAUUAAAAGCUUUGGAUUUAGUUUUAUUUGGAUCUCAAGAUUCUUCCUCUUUAAUUAAAGAUAUUGCUUUGGCUAGUCUACUUAUUUGUUUAAUUAGUUUAUUGAUUAUAUUCAAAGCAUACAAAAAUAGAGCAAAAAAACAAAUGGAAGAAUUAUCGACCAGAUUGAGUAAAUUGAGGGAUAUGGAGACUGAUUUUGAGGGAGUACAUCAACAACAAAAAUUUGAAGAAGAGAAUAAAGUUCAACAACAACAACCUACAGAAGAUAGCAAUGGGGAAGUUAAUGCAGCAAAAGGAUAUAAUUAUAAUCCAGUUCUCGAUUUUGAAAAUGAACAAAAACUUUUGGGUGUUGGAGGAGGUGAUUUAAGUAUUGGAGGGAUGGAUGGAGGAGAACAUUUCUUUUUUCUUCAGACUUUGCUUAGGCGAACUUAUGAAAUUGAAUCAGCAUAUUUAGGUAUUUAUAGUAAUUGUUUUUAUGUUAUGUCUUUUCCCCAUAUAUUUUCAUCUUAUUUUACCUGGCCGACUGAAUCCUUCAAGGAUUUCGGUUUUAAUAAAUUAUUUUGGUAUCCCUUAUUUUCCCUCCUUCCCUUUUCUUCUGUUUUCUUUAGAGUAGAACAAGACCGAUUACCGCCCGGUUUAAUAUUUCCUUGUGGCGGGCCAAAAAGAUGUUACGACCGGAGGUGUCCGAGAUUUGACUGA